UUUGUUUUUUUCACGGCUCUAUCCAAAGUCCUAAGUCACUUGCAACAUGAUAUCACUAUGAGAUUUCUUUUAUCUGUAGGGUGGACUUUGAACUUUGCAGUAGGUAGAGAAAAUUGAUAUAAAUCCCAGAACAGGUACUCAGACUCAUUACUCUUGUGAAUCCAGCUUCAUAUAUUCUGCAGUUGUUUUUUCAGAGGAUGACAAUUUGCAGAAUGAAGAAGUGUUUGUUUAUAAUGCUCUUGGUUACCAUCACCGCGUUUCAGGUCACUUCAGCAAUAGACUUUUAUGAGCCCCCUUUACCACCAUGGUUACCAGACAGUAAUCCCUGCACGGUUACCAACUGUGGGAAUGGAACCUGCGAGAGUACAGAAGAAUAUCCCUUUGUGAAAUGUGUUUGCAAACCAGGAUGGAAACAGCCAGAGCGUUACCAUAAUCUUCCUUUUCAACCUUGCGUUGUUCCCAAUUGCACCAUAGAUUAUUCUUGCGGUAGUGACAGCCCCCCAUCUUAUCCUGAGCCACCCCUGCCUAACCUCCCAAAAGUUUCAGAGCCAUUGAAUCCAUGUUCAUACAAUGUGUGUGGAGCUGGGACCUGCACCCUUAAAUCCAAUGUCACACUGGAAUAUCAGUGCAACUGCAACAAGGGAUAUGGGAAUAUAAUGAACUGGACUUGGGGUUUCUGCUCGAAAGAAUGUGAACUCCAGAAGGACUGCUCGCGCCUUAAUGUUUCUGUCAGUAGUAAAGACUCAACUACUGAUACUUCUUCUAGCAAUGGUGCUCAAGGGGGUUUGAAGUUUAUGAUGGAAAACAGUCACUUGGUCACGGGUUCGAUUCUGGCAACAUUGAUAGUGCUCUUGGUCAAAUGAUAUGACGAACCAGAACAUGCCAUAUAAUAUUUAUAUUUAUUUGUAAUUUUUCCACCUUAGAUUUGGGUUGUUUUGAUUCAGUUGGAAGAUUGUAUUUGUUGGAAGAUUGUAUUUGUUAUUGGAUUUAUCAUUUUUAGAUUAUGAUUCAGUUUUUAUAUGAAUAAAGUUGUCAUUUUUCAUAGAAA